UAGUGCGUCUAGCUGUGUCGCCCGACGGACGGACGGACCUACCGAGGAAAAUAGAAUUCGAAUCGAAUGCUGUUUUGAUUUGUUUUUGUUUCGGACUGCAUGCAAAUCGCUUUGACAGCAGCCACUCGAGUGGAUAAACUCGCGCCACGACGCCGCUGCCGCCGCCGCGAAAUGUCUUUGACAAUCGGUGUUGAAGUGCGUUAAGGGUCCCUUUUGGGCCCGAAGUGAUGCAGCAGAGAAGAGCAACCCUUAUUUUUAGUGAAGUGGAUGACGGCCCAGCUGGACUCAUUUCUGCUGCGAAUGGAGCCUUCUCAUUUCGGACUCCCGCUGCAGUUCCCGUCGGCGUUCGCCGCCUUCCACCAGCCGCUGCCCGUCGACCAGCGAACGCAUGAGGGCCGAUACGUGUGGGACCCUGCGGCCAGGGUCCACCCUGCAGCCUACCCCCAUGGUUACAUUCCAGAAGACCUCUUGAAUUUCUGCAAUUUAAGGCUGCCACCAGGAAGCAGUGCCGGCAGUUUGCCCGAGCUGACGUUUCUGCAGGCGUCCAGGCGGGCGGCCGCCGCCGUGCACCCCCACGUGCCAGGCUCGCAGCCCGGCGGCGGGGCCGCCCCCGGCUUGCCUCCAACCGGAGGCGGCGCCGACUUUCACCCCGCUUACCGCCUCAACCCCUACAUGGAGCACCUGUAUGGAUCGCUACACGCGGCCGCUGCAGCCGCGGCUGCCGGUUCUCCAGGCAGCCCUUCCGCCUCCCUGCGCGGACUCAGCCCCCUUGACUCCAGAGGUAUUGUGCCAGAUUACCUCAGAGGACUCAGCGAUCUCCACGCACCUCCCUCAACGAUGGGGAGUUCAGAAUUCCCUUACUCUCUAGAUGCUGGAUCUCGUCUGACAAGUCCCCGUCCGCGUCAGAGUCGCAAGCGGGCGCUCUCCUCGUCGCCAUACUCGGACUCGUUCGACAUCAACUCGAUGAUACGCUUCUCGCCCAACUCGCUGGUCUCCCUGGUGAACGGCAGCCGCAGCUCUUCGGCUAGCGGCUCGUACGGCCACUUGUCGGCGGGGGCGUUGAGUCCCGCCCUGGGGGCUAUGCACCCCCACGGCGUCGUCUCGCCGCACCACCUCCAGUCCCUGCACGCGCACAUUCUGCGCGGCUCGCCCUUCCUCGGGCCCUUCACCCCGCAACACCCGUCCCUGUUUUCACUCUCGCCCACCCAGUUGAUGCCCAAGAGCGAGUUGGCACCACCGACCUCCUGCGCUGGACCCGCGCCAUCCUCCAAACCACACAAAUCUUGUGCCCACCAAACGUGUGCCAGAUCUCGAGUCAGAGGAUGUUUGCAGGAGGCAGCAAAGGAAGUUUCGAGCACCGGCGAGCCAGACAAAGUUAAGGUCAAGGUUAAACGGGAGGCAGUGUCCUCAAGUUCACCCUCCCAGUUGCACGGUGGUCCAGGAUCGGCCGGUUCGGACAAAAUGGACGCGGCCGGCGACGAGCCAGGAGAUUUCAUUGAGACCAACUGCCACUGGCGGGAGUGCGGGCUCGAGUUCGGAACUCAGGAUGAGCUUGUCAAGCACAUCAACAACGACCACAUCCACGCCAACAAGAAGAGUUUCGUCUGCCGAUGGAGUUCUUGUUCGCGAGAGGAGAAACCCUUCAAGGCGCAGUACAUGUUGGUGGUCCAUAUGCGCAGGCACACUGGUGAAAAGCCGCACAAAUGCACAUUUGAGGGCUGCUACAAAGCGUAUUCCAGGCUAGAGAAUCUCAAGACUCACCUCAGGUCGCACACAGGCGAAAAACCAUACAUGUGUGAAUACCCUGGCUGCACCAAGGCCUUCAGCAACGCCUCCGAUCGCGCCAAACACCAGAACAGAACGCACUCCAACGAGAAACCGUACGUCUGCAAAGCUCCUGGUUGCACCAAGAGAUACACCGAUCCGAGCUCACUGCGAAAACACGUCAAGACGGUCCACGGCGCCGACUUUUAUGCCAACAAGAAGCACAAGGGUCACGACGACCAUGGUGGAGCUGAAGAUGGGCCUGGUGGCGGCCACCACGGCAUGCGUGCCGCCCUGGACGACAAGACGGAGGCUGCCUCCAUGUCCAGUCCGAGUCUCAAGUCAGAAGAGCCGAGCUCGCCUUCUGCGCCCGAGGGCAGCAGUCCAGGCGGCCAGGGACUUGACGGCGCCCCUAUGGAAGAGUCCUCGACGACGGCCGCCCUUGAGGAGGCUGUUGAAUGGGAUCUCGGCGAACAGGAAGAGAUUGAGUUGCCAAACCUUCCAAUGCCAAUCAGGGCAGCAGUCAACGCUGUUGGAGGUCUCGACUCAAGCCCUGCCAUGCCAGACAGGAGGUUCAAACAGGCCCCCAGACUUGGCAUCAAGCACGUCGGACCUUCCAUUCCCACCUCCUAUGGAAACGCACCCUCGCGUCAGGGUCCUGGUGUGGGCGAGCUGAGUCGUCGCAUCACAGACCUCAAGAUGGAAGGCCACUCACCUCCGAAGAGCUCCCCGAUCUCAAGGGGUCCCGCCCGCCACCUGACCGACCUUCAGGUGCGUUUGGCGCCCCCAGGACCUCGCAGAGACUCGAGCUCGACCACAGUCAGCUCGUACUAUGGCUCGAUGGCCUCGUCUCAGUUCUCACGCAGAAGCAGCCAAGCAUCUCAGAUGUUGUUGCGUCCGCAGGUGUCAACGAGGAUGACCUCGGUGCGUCCAGCGCCCUCGUCCUUCUACGACCCCAUCUCUCCAGGCAGCUCUCGCCGCUCAAGUGAGAUGAGUGCCAUGGACCCCCGCAGUCCUGCCGCCAGCGCCAACCUGGUCGUGCAGACGCAAACCAUGUCCCUUUCGCAGUGGCAGCUCCAGCAGCAACCGGCCAGGCCUUCGUCUGCUUGCCACGUGCCUUCCAGUCUGCUGCAGCCCAAUGGAGAGGCGCGCAGGAUGUCCGAGCCGGCGCAGUCUGCCACUACGAGACUCCUUUUGCCUCCUUUGGCGAGAAACAGCAUCAGUGGUGCGCCUGGUGGACCUGGAGGGUUCCACCCCAAUCAAGCUGUGGUGCUCGAUGAAGUUGAGGAAGGAGAGAUGGUUGAAAACAAGCUUGUUCUUCCCGACGAAAUGCUGCAUUUCCUCAGCCAGGUUGCUGGUUCUGAGAGUCUACCAGAAGAAGCAGCCCCACCUGCAACCCCUGCUCAACCACAACCCCCCAUUCCUCAGCAACAGCCGCAGACCCCUCAACAAAUUCAAAACGUUGCUUCUCCAGCUGCUCCACAUCCUCAGCAGGUCAUGUCUCCAGGGGUGGCGUCAAUGGGCUCGCCUCAAGUAGUGCCUUCCCACAUGCACCCCCUCUCACCCCAUGCCGCUCAGGUGUCCAUGCCCUACAGCCCUGGGAGAGCUACCUCCUGCCAAAAUCAGCCGAUGACGCCUAAUUAUGCUCAACCCAUGGCCAGCCCUGCUGCAGCGACCCCCGCGCCUCCCUACCCUCAUCAACAGCAACACUACCCCCAGCAGGCGCCACCUCCCCCACCCCCGCAGUACCAAUCUCCUCAAUACCCUCAGCAGAACAGGUGCUAUCCCCAGCAACAGCAAGUCCCGCCGACAGUGCCUCAAGUUUGCAAUAGCCACCCCUAUCCGCAGCAGCAGCCCCCACAGCCAGCUGCCUACAACCCCUACCCGCAAGGGCAAAACUGCUACCCCCAGCAGUACGGCUGUGGUCACCCUCCUUACCCCCAGCAGCCGCAACAACAGCAGCAGUGCUGCAACCACUCACAAGACUGGAGCCAACAGCAGCAGUACUACCCCCAUCCGCAACAACCCCAGCAGUGGCCCCAACAGCCACCCCCUGUGCAGCAACAACAGUACCAGUGCCACCCCCAGCCAAUGUCCUACUCCCCAGCGCCGAGUGCCUGCACCUCGCAUGGAGGCACCACCUACUGCUCCAGUAACAACACCCUGACCAACUACCCCCAGCAACCACCGUGCCAUCCUCCCCCGGUGCAGCAGCAGCAGCAGCAGUACCCCCAGCAUCCACAGCAACAGGUUCCGCCUCCUCAGACCCAAAACACCAACGGUCCACCCCAGGAGAUCCAGUGUCGAGACAUCAGCCAGUCAGUGCAGAAGGGUCAGGGUCCUCCUCCGAUGAGGCAGGACACCUACCAACGCACCCUCGAGUAUGUCCAGCAGUGCCGCUCUUGGGCUGCAGAGAAACCUGCUGCCGCCUCCAACCCCCUCUCGCCCGACAGCAGCACCGAACCCCCUGCGCCGCCGCCUCCACCCAAGGUCGAGCAGCCGCCUCCAACUCCCGCCCCUGGAAUCAUGGAAACGUCCAACAUGGUGGUCAACGACAUGACUUCGUCUUUGUCGUCCUUGCUCGAGGAAAAUCGCUACUUGCAGCUCAUUCAGUAGUUUAAAUGCCCCUGUUGUAAAUACACAGACUGUGCCUAAGUUAUAAAUUAUUAUUUACUUGUAUGUACACUGUUACCUCUGGCUGAGAGAUGAACAAAAUAUUUUACUGAUUGACCUCAGGAUCUCGUACAACCUGUUACUGUGCCAACAGAGAGACACGACACGAGCAGCAUUUUUUUCUUAAGUGAGAUUCGACUUUUGCACACCAUUUCGGUUGAGUUGUGUAAUUAUUAAUUGAAUGUGUACUCGAAGAUUGUGUCUUUUGUAAAGAUUUUCUAGCUACAGCGACUAAAAUUUAUAUUGUAAGAAAUCGAAAUAAAAUUUUAAUACUCAGAUUCUUAUUAAAAAUA